CACUCUCUCUCCGCCUCCUCCCCCAAAAAACGCCAUGAGAAAAAGACGAAAAAGAACCAACAAGACACACACCCAUCUCUGCUAAACAAAACCAGGAGAAGCAUCAGUACUAGAAUUACAAGGACAGACAGACAAAGCCCCCACCAUCAACUCCAAAUUUCAGAGAAAGAAGAAAUGUGUUACGUGGGUAAAGCAACAAAGAUCUUCAUUUUCAUAGUCACCGUCCUCGUUGUUCUGGGUCUAGUCCUAGGAUUGGGGUUCCUACGCCGCCAUCAUCACAACAACCUCAACAGAUGUUCCGAUGGCUCUUGCGAUUCCUCUCCAAUUACAUUUCCAACCCCCAAUUUUAAUUCACCAACCCCACCUUCCCCUACUCAAAACCCCAUCCCUCCUUCUCCUCCGGCCACUACCACCCCUUCUCCUCCUGAUUCUAUCCCAUCUUCACCGCCGCCACCAGUGCUGCAGUCACCGCCUCCGCCGCCGGCAGCUACCACUCCAAAUCCUCCUAGUGUGGCGGCACCACCUACGAGUACACCUACACCGGGCUCGGCGCUGGUGACCCCAGGUCCUGUGCAUUCUAUUUCAUAGCUGGCUAACUGCAUUUUCGCAACGCAUGAUCGGUGACGGCAAUUAAGGGUUCUAGAAUUUUCUUGACAGCAUCUCGAUUUCUUAAAUUCUCGAUCGCUGUAAUAAUGGGAGGAAAAAAGAAAAAGGAAAGUUGGUGGUGGAUCUGUGUGUGUUCUUUUUUUAA